GUCAGUCGCACUACGUGGCUAGAACCGUGGGUCAGGUACAAGUAGUCUGUUUGUGUUUCACAAAUUAAUCAAAAAACUGUUUUUCAAUAUCUCAAUCAAGAACUCAGCAGUUACUAAAUCUUCAGUGUUCAUGGAGCAAGGAGUGCGGUAUUCCCUUCGGUGAAGACUUUUGUGAGUUUACCAAAUUCCCAUCAGAAGAUGCGCUUGUUUGGAUUUGAAACCGGACACCUUCAAAUAAGGAUAUUCGCCGAAGAAGGAUCGGAAUGCCAUUUGAUGAAAGGUACUGUGGAUUUCUGUGAUUCCAUCAGCACUGCUCAUAAACGAUAGGAUCCGAGUGGACUUCUAGAAUACAUGUACCGCCAGAAACACUCAAAAUCCUGAUGCAGGAUUUCAGGAUUAGCCGCUAAAUCUGGUGCUAGUCAAACAAUAAAUAAUCAAUAUUCCCCCUUAGGAUUAAAUCACUUUAAUUGAUUAAGUGAAGAUAUCUAACCGAUUAGCUAGUGUUAAGUUAUCCAAACCUUCAUAUGGAUGCUUCAAAGGACAUCGCGCCUUUCCUAACAGAUACCAACUCCACAAUCUUUGAAGGAAUAGCGAGAGAAAUAAAAAAGCUCGGGUGAGACUCUUUGGGACAAUAUACCUACCUGCGAUAUUAUUUAUUGAAUUGGUGUUGUGACGCGAGUUGUUUAGCAAAAGCCUCGAAGUGGUUGGUAAUGAGGAAGAUUUGUUGAGGAAGAGGUCAGUGUUUUGGGCAGCAACACUGGCCACCCAUAUGGCUCUUGGACUGAGCUCCGGGCUCUGUUCAGGGAGCUCGGAGCCCGUUUCUGGAAAUCGAUCUGAUACAUCCUCAUCUCCCGGUGUCAGCGUACCGCUUCCAAUAGCCCCAGCGCCCAUCAUGCCCAAUCCCAUGUUUGCAUUGCCAACCCUGAACUUUACCGUUGAACAAGUCGCGGCGGUGUGUGAAACGUUGGAAGAAAGCGGAGAUAUCGAGAGGCUCGCCAGGUUCCUGUGGUCACUUCCGGUUGCCCAUCCGAACAUCGGUGAGCUCAACAAGAACGAGACGGUCCUGAGGGCGAGAGCAAUAGUUUCCUUUCACAGCGGCAAUUUCAGAGAACUGUAUCACAUUUUGGAACAUCACAAGUUCACCAAAAGUUCACACGGGAAGCUGCAAGCCAUGUGGCUGGAAGCCCAUUAUCAGGAAGCAGAAAAAUUGAGAGGAAGGGCCCUGGGACCGGUCGAUAAGUAUCGUGUGCGUAAAAAAUUCCCGUUACCGCGGACUAUUUGGGAUGGUGAACAAAAGACACAUUGUUUUAAAGAAAGGACUAGGAGCUUGUUGAGGGAAUGGUAUCUACAGGAUCCUUAUCCUAAUCCGACGAAGAAGAGGGAGCUCGCUCAGGCUACGGGACUAACACCAACACAAGUUGGAAAUUGGUUCAAGAAUCGGAGGCAAAGAGACAGAGCGGCUGCAGCUAAAAACAGGAUGCAGCAACAGCAGCUUGCAGCUCAACUGGCAUCGCAUGGGGGCGGUGUUCGUCCGUCGCCUCCACAGACUUCCGAUAGCGAUUCGGACAUCUCCCUGGGUACCCACUCGCCUCCUGCCGCCUCACCUACGACGCCGCUACGGUUCACGACGUCUCCGGCGUCCACCCCGACGCCGAUCAGCACGUUUCGCUUCGGUCCCCAUUCUCCCGGUCCCAUGCCCGCGCAAUAUCGAUUCGCGCAGCAGCAUCAGCAACACCAGCACUCGCCACCUCCGCAGCCGCCCCCUGGCGAAGGUGGUGGCGGACGAAUUAUGGGUGGACUAAAGUUUGACAGGCAGUUGAGCCACGAUUUGGUGGACGAUUCGAAUUCGGGUUUUAGACAAGAUAACAGCAAGAGUAGUCCUAUAAGUCUGAGCAAUUCGCCCCCGCAAACCACCCUUCACCAGCACUCCCCACCUAUCAAUCUCAGGAUCCCGGAUCAUUUGAGAAUUCCGGACCACCUCCGAAUGCAUCCUGACGCUGCCAUGCAUCUAAGAUUAGGAGUUACGCCUCAAAUAACAACACCACUGAGGAUACAGGUGACAUCGUCGAGUAGGAUGCUGCCACAACCGUCUCCUCACACAACGCUGCAUUUAGGGACGACUCCUUCUCAUGGGGGUAUUGUAAGGAUUGCUGAUCCCAGUCCUCCCACGAACCCUCCCCCAUUGCAUCGGCCCUUCUCGCCAGCGAGGCUCACGUGAUAUUUUUAGAUGCCUGCCGAUUAUAUUAUAACUUGCAAAAUUUAAGUCUUGUAAAUUGAACAAUUGAUGCAAUAUAAUUCUGUAGUUUAUACAUACAGGGUGUUAAAGAAGAAUCUGUUCGUAACAUUGAAUUUUUAAUGCCGCUUUUGAAUUGAAAGAAAUAUAUUUUUGUUUCCUUUCAUUUUUAUUACCUUUCCAGUUUGUGAAGUGAAAUUUUUUUAACACCCUGUAUUUGAGAGUACUUGUUUUGGUUGAUGAAAUUAUAGACCUUGUAGAAUAUUUAAAGAUUAGAUAGCAUAUUAUGUCAUUUA